AUGAUCUGUCUCAACAGAGCUGACGAGGGCAGCCUUCGCCACCUCACCUACAAUCAGAGCCCCAAUGCUCUUGCAGCGAACCAAACUACUCGCCAGGAUCUGAAUGGCAUAUCGAAUCUGCGCGAGUAUGUCGCAGCCAGCCAAGACGAUGCGUCUGGGGGAGGGACCGGUGGAAUGCUGGGCGAAACACCAUUGACCGACAAGUUGCGCCGCGAAGGGGAGCCACAUCUUCUGGCUCGAGUGCCGGACGCAAGACGAUGGGUUGGUGGUUCGUUCUUGCGUUUUAAGGCGGUUGCUGGCUUCAAUGGCCAGAAUCGCCUGGUCUGGGUACACUCCGCGUGGUGCCUGGAGCGCCUUUGGAGCUGGUUGACCUGGAUUUUAUCCGUUCUCUUCUUCUCUUAUAUGAUUUCUAGUUUGCGCAUGUCGACUUACUGGGCCGGAAAUGAGAAGCUUCUGUCCAAUAUCGAAUCGACUGCAGCCAAUUCGUCUUCCCUGGCCGAUGCUUUCGAAAUGCCGGAGCCUUCAUUCCGCCACGAUCUUCAUGGCCUCAAGAAGCGAUCUUCUUGCGCAUCAGGUGGCGUUGACAAGGACCAGUACAAUACCGGGCUUCAUGUCGCGGCACUCUUCAUCAUCUGGUUCGUCUCGACAUUGGGGUGCGCAUUUCCCAUUAUGGCUGCCAAGUUUCCCGGUUUGCGAAUUCCGCGACGUUUCUUCUUUGCUGUGCGCCACUUCGGAACGGGAGUUUUGAUUGCAACCGCCUUUGUGCAUUUGCUUCCCACGGCCUUUGUGUCCCUCGGGAAUCCUUGCCUUGGGACCUUUUGGACCGAAGAUUAUAACGCAAUGCCCGGGGCUAUUGCUCUUGCUGCAAUUUUCCUCGUCACCAUUAUUGAAAUGGUGUUUCAUCCGUCCAGACACGUCCCGCCCGCCGAUAUUGUUGCCAAACCGAGGGCCAAAGAGCAGGAAGAACUCGAGACUACUGAUUCGGAGGGCCACCCAAUCCGUGAUAUGGGACCUCUUCGUGGCCGAUCUAGCAGCGUGGCGCAGGGUCUCUCUCAGCUGAAUCAAGCUGCCAUAUCCGAAGAGAUUUCGGCCAAGGGGCCUGCUGCUGAUUCUGCAAUUGCCAAAUCAGUGUCCAACGAUUGUCAUGAUGCCACGGAACACGGCGAAGGCGAACAGACCGUCUUGACACCGGAGCAGAAGCGUAGGAAAGACCGAUUGCAGUGUAUCCUACUCGAAAUGGGCAUUCUAUUCCACAGUGUUUUUAUUGGCAUGGCUUUGAGUGUCAGUAUCGGGAACGACUUCAUCGUCUUGUUGAUUGCCAUCGUUUUUCACCAAACCUUUGAGGGUCUGGCACUUGGCUCAAGAAUCUCUGUCAUUGAAUGGGGUGACAAGACAUGGCAGCCAUGGCUCAUGGCAUUGGCAUACGGUUUCACGACACCGAUCGGUCAGGCCAUUGGCCUUGCUACGCAUAUGCUCUACAGCCCCGAUUCCGAAGUCGGUCUCAUCCUCGUUGGAGUCAUGAAUGCCAUUUCUGCCGGUCUGCUUACGUUUGCAUCCCUUGUCGAGCUCCUUUCUGAAGAUUUUCUGAGCGACGAGAGCUGGCGUCACCUCCGAGGGAAGAAUCGCAUAAUCGCCUGCCUGCUGGUCUUCUUUGGUGCCUUUGGCAUGAGUCUGGUUGGCGCCUGGGCUUAA